GGCGGGUCGCGGCCGCGGUUCGCGCCCCAAUGCUAGCGCGAUUUUCACUGCGCUUCCACGCGAAUCGUACGUGGAGAUAUUGCGCGCUGCCGAUACCUAUUCGCAAGUUACCGAACGCGCCGCCAACGGACCGCGUUAUAUUCCAAUUUGGAAUGAAGCCGUGUUCCAAUUUGAAAUAUUCUAGUGUUGCCAAACUGUGCUAGUUAAUUCGGUGACUGAAUCAAGUUCAACCGGUGACGUUCGAUUGACUGAAACAAACAUCUAGUUCUGUGAACAGUGUAAUUUGAAUAAGACUCAAUGUAUAAACGAUCGAUAAUGAAUUACGCAAAUCAACCAUAAACAUAUGUAAUAAUGCAAAUUAUAAUGAACUUGAACGAUGUAUUUGACACAAUCAGAAAAACGAGUAUAUAAUUAAAUUAAAAAUUUUAAGCAGCCUAUUGAAUAAUCAGCGCGAACUACGUAAGCAUUAUGUGAUUUACGAUAAACAAAGUAGAAUUACAACAGGAAACCGAUUUAUAAAAUCGAAUACAAUUAUAAUAAGCGUUGUUCAAUCUGGCCGUGUAAUGUCAGUAUGAGUGGCGCCGGAAGAAAUAACUGAAGGAGGCCGUGUGUCAUGACAUCGAGCAGAUGAAAUGAAGACUUCGCUCGAAUGCGAGCGCGCCGACACCGCCGAAAGCGGCGGGAAGGGUCGCAUAUCCUUCAGCGUAGACUCGCUACUCGGCAGUAAGAACGAAACACCGCCCAAAGACACGAGCCCAAGCCACAGUCCAGCAGACAGCAAUGAGGCCGCACCGGAAACCGAUGAGAGCGAUGUUGACAUCGAAGACGUGGAGUACAACGUGGGCGAUGACAGAGACGACCGAGAGAUCAACAAUGAUGGAGAGGAGAUGGACAAUAGAAGCGGCGUCGUGGUCCCUCAGCCACUACUGCCACGCCUGUACCAGGGACCGGCGCCGCCGCCCGCCUGGCCCUUCGGCGCUUUCCCCUGGAUGGCCCCUAACCCAAUGUUCCGAGCCGGCUCACCGAAUACUGGCUCUCCGAGUGGACCACCGGUAGUACGAUGUCAGCUUCGCAAGCACAAGCCGAACCGCAAACCUCGGACGCCGUUCACGACCCAACAGCUCCUAGCCUUGGAGAAGAAAUUUAGGGAGAAACAAUACUUGAGCAUCGCUGAGAGAGCUGAGUUCUCGUCGUCUCUACGGCUCACAGAAACUCAGGUGAAAAUUUGGUUUCAAAAUCGAAGAGCCAAAGCGAAACGACUCCAAGAAGCCGAGAUAGAAAAACUAAGACUAUCCGCCCGACCACUUCUGCCGCCCUCCUUCGCGUUAUUCGGUAGCGGGGGUGCUCCUCCACUAUUCGCUGCCAUGGCCGCCGCCUCCAGACCCCAACUGAGCUUCCUAGGCGGCCCUCCGAGCCAUCAACACGCCAUCAACAUGAAUAUAUUGAACUCUCUACAGCCGCAUUGACGUUUGGACACCGCGGUAACUCAAGAGCCCAACGACCGCCCGCCAUCUUUGUAAUUCAAUCAAAAUCGUAUAUUUUUUUCACUUGUAUUAAAAAAAAUGCGUGAAAAGAUUAAUCUAAUAUUCGUCUCUAUACUCUAAGUAUUCGACAAAAGACUAUGACGAAAGUGAAAUUCGGAAACUUUAACUGUGUUUUUAAGUGAGAGUUUCUUAAUACAAAAAGAAAAGACGUGAUUUGCUUUUAAUUAAGUGCAGUGUAAGAACUGUUUAGUGUACUUUCCUUCGUGCUACCGAUUAGAUACAUCUGUAAAUACGGCCCCCGACCCAUUAACACACCAUCAACAUGAACAUAUUAAAUUAUCUACAGCCGCAUUGACGUUUGGACACCGCGGUAACUCAAGAGCCCAACGACCGCCUGCCAUCUUUAUAAUUCAAUAAAAACCGCAUAAUUUUUUUACUUAUAUUAAAAAAAAUGUGUGAAAAGAUUAAUCUAAUAUUCGUCUCUAUACUCUAAGUAUUCGAAAAAAAGACUAUGACGAAAGUGAAAUUUGGAAACUUUAAAUGCGUUUUUAAGUGCGAUUUUCAUAUUACAAAAGAAAAGACUUGAUUUGCUUUUAAUUAAGUGCUGUGUAAAAACUGUUUAGUGUACUUUCCUUCGUGCUACCGAUUAGAUACAUCUGUAAAUACGGACCACGCUUUCGAAUGAAAGCAGAAAUAUAUAAAAUUCGAAAAAAAAAACAUGCCAUACUUCGAUUUAGAUGAUGUAAACACAUUUGAGAUAACGGAAUGUAAUCUAAACUAAUGAUACUGUAGGCAUAGAUGUGUACAUUACAAUGAAAUUUUUAUUUUAUUGAGAAAACGAAUAAGCUAUGUUUACUUUAGAGAAUGUCUCCGAGUUCCCAAUUCAAACUCUUUAAAAUCCCAAAGCCCAUAAAAAUUGUCCUAAAAUAUAUAAAAAUGAAUUUGUGUAAUGUAUGUACGCGCGUAACUUCAGAACGCCGGCAACAAAUUGGAUAAUUGUUUUUUCUUUCGUUUGUUAUUGUCAAGAGAAGGUCCUUAAGAAAGAAAAAUAUAAGAAACUUGCGCGCAAAAUUAGAAAAUGUUUAAAAUAAAUAACUACCAUAUUAAAUUUUCUAAUGAUUUUGUAAUGUAAUCUUAUGGCGUUUAACAUAACACUGACAGAACGCGUGCUGCAAAUUUUGUAAAAGAGGAUGUAAUAAAAACUGAAUAUCGUUUAAAACAAAUGUAUAAAAGAAAAUUCAAUAAAAUCAAUAAUAAAUUAUGGUCACCGAAGCGAAGCGAGGGUGGGUCGCUAUAUAGUCUAUACUAAUAUUAUAAAGAGGAAAGAUUUGUUUGUUUGUAUUGAAUAGGCUCCAAAACUACUGAACCGAUUUAAAAAAUUCUUUCACUAUUGGAAAGCUACGCUAUCCCCGGGUGACAUAGGCUAUAUUUAUUAUAAAUUCAAAAAAAUUAGGGAUCCUCACUGAAACUCCAAUAAUGUAACCCAAUGUGUAAAAAAAUUACCUAAAAUUCUUUACAUCGCGUCCGCUACUUCCCAAGCGAAUCCGGGGCGGGCCGCUAGUAUUAUAUAAUUAUAAUUACUUUUACAACAUAAUCUCGUCAUUUCUAUCAUUACGGACACGGACAACUUUGAAAACUGUUAAGUAUUCAAUACACCGGAAAUCAUGUAAAAGGAACAAAAAACGUCAAAUUAAGUUGUAAAAGCAAUUGUAAUUACGUCUACGACCCACUAAAACCGAAGAAGAUUAUUAUUAUACAUUAUUAUUAUUAUAAAUAAGCAAAUCUAAAACAGUUCCGUGCUAUUUUCUCUUCAGUUUUUUAAGCGCUUUUUUUUUCUAUUCUGUUUAGUGACCAUUAAUUAACUAGCUUUAGUGUUAUCAAACAUUUUUGUAAAUAUCAGUUGUAUGCUUUAUAAUGUCAAUAACAAAAUAAAAGAUAUUUAGUGAUUGUGAUCGAAUUUCAAUCAUUGGACGAACACUAAAUGUCUUAGUGACAGCAACAAUAACAUUACUUGAAGUCGUCGAUAGAUAAACAACUCUUAUAGUUCAGAACUGUGUUAUUUUUACGUGAAUAUAUAUUUUUUUAAUAAUCAAAACUACUUUUACCGUUUUCGUUUAUUAUUUGUUAUUCAUUUUAUUAUAAUACAUUAUUUCCGAUGUUUCCAGAACUUUACAGAUUUCGAUGUCGUCGAUUUUAGAAUAUAACGCUGAAAUAAUAAAAUUAAUGUAAUUAAACUCGAGACAAAAACCUAAAAAUACAUUUAUUAUGGCUACAAUUAAUUAGCAAAAACCGAAAUAUAUAUUUCAUAAUUUUUCUUUUCACUCUACAUACACUUCAAGCAUAUGACAGUUUCUGAUAAUAUGUAAAUAUUAAAUAUUUAACUUAAGCAAUAUAAAUGUCACUUAUUGAAAUACAAAAUUGUUACGCAAAAAAACGCAAUAGUUCACGAAAAAAAAAUGUUUUUUUUUUACAUCGUUACAUAACUGUUUAUUUAUUUUUUUUGUUCGAAUUGUAAAUAGUUAUUUAAAAAUAAAUUAUUGUAGCUAUAAGUAAUCGAAUGUAAAAUUUCAAUAGAUUUUAGAUUUUUUAAUACGAAUUACUCGAUUAACUUCAAGGAAUAAAAUGUUAAGUAAUAGAGAUUACAAA